AUGCCGGGGCUGGGGCACACAUUGGUCCGGUGCACUCUCAGAGGCGGCGGCCGCCAUCUUCCACCGGUCCAUCUUCAGAAUAGGAACAGACGCAUCGACCUUUCUAGGCCUGCCGUCAAUGCCACCAUGACGCCAAACAACGGCACCCUCCUGCGCGAGUCCGUCGACCCGCAUCAGACGCCGAGACUCCACUGCGCCACGUCGUCAAGAUUUGCCACCGUCGAUGUGGACUCGACCACUGGGCCCUUCCAACUUGUUGAGUUCGGUGGAAUUGAGGUAGUUGGAAAGAGUUCGGUUCCCCACGGUGUAAUUGCCAUGGAUGAGCAGUUCAUCCUCCGUGUGCCCCCUUCUGUGGCAGAGCAGAUCGAGCGUCUUAUGAACGAAUCUGCUGCCGGCUCAUCCUCCAACCCCGAGGAUGCCUCCCUCGACCUCUCCUUCUCAGAUGAUGGAAGAAGUGGCACAUUUAUGAUUGGUAACCAGAGCUUUCCUGCAUCUCUCUUGGAUCUCCCAACUGUUGUGGAGUCAUAUAAGACAUAUGAUGAUUCAUUCUUAGUUAAAGCUGCUGAUAUUGGUCAGAUGGUAAUGGUAAGAGAAGAUGUUGAUCCUGCUCCAGAAGAAGUUGAAUACAAGCAUGGACUUACUCCUCCAAUGAGGGAUGCACGUAGGCGACGUUAUCGCAGAGAGCCUGACUUGAAUGCAGAGCUUGUUCACCGAGUUGAGAAGGAUCUUAUAAGUAUUAUGCAUGGAGUGUCUGUCAGUAUCCUUUUGGUCCAAGGUGGUGAAGGUGGGGGUGGUGAAGGUGGUGACCGCAAGAAAGCUGCACCAGCUCCUGCACCCAAGCCAGACGCUCAAGAGCCUGCUGCAAAUGGCGAAGAAGCUGAGCCUGAGAGGAGUGACUCUGACGAUUCGGAGAACUGA